UCGUGGAGUAGCACUGCAAUGCAUAAUACCUAAAUUGUUGGAUUCGAUAAUUGCAAAUCAUUUGAAUUAUCACAUGAGGAACAUCAUCGAUAGCAGCCAGCAUGGUUUUGUCAAAGGAAAGUCAACAAUAACGAACCUGGCCGAAUUUACAUCACAUACACUGAUCGGCAUGCAACAUGGAAUCCAGACUGAUGCAAUAUAUCUCGACCUUGCUAAAGCGUUUGACUCGGUUGACGUGAAACUGCUCAUACACAAGCUGAAAAUUAUGGGAUUGAAUGAGCAAAUACUGGAAUGGAUAAAGUCAUAUCUAAGUGAACGUCAACAAAUAGUAAGAUUGAAUGGAGCCAUGUCUACUCCCAUUGAAGUAACAUCGGGAACAGGUCAGGGAUACCCGAUUGGAGCGACACUGUUUGUUCUGUUCAUCAUUGAUCUUCCCCAUUGCAUAGUCAACUCCAACUUACAAUCGUUUGCCGAUGACACUCGCUUUUCAAUGCAAAUAAAGCAAGUCGAUGAUUGCCUAGCACUUCAAGCUGACCUGAAUAGAGUCGUCAAGUACUUCAAACGUAACCGCAUGAACUUGAAUAUGAAAUGGCCACACAGAUUCAUUUUGCCACAAUACAACAAUCGUCUGCUAUUUCUACAAAUGAUUACCUUAGAAGAACGAAGAAAAAUCGCACAAAUUUGCUUCAUACACAAUGUUAUCUGUGGCCAAACAUCGUCGAAGCAUAUUAUGGAGAAAAUUAACUUAAGAACACCACGACUCCGAACACGGAACACCGAAUUCCUAGAGCUGCCGACCAGAAUCUACAACUACUCAAUGUUUGAGCCAAUUAACUACAUGCUCAUCACAUAUAAUGAAUUUUAUAAAUACUUUAAUAUCAUAGAGCCAAAUCAAACGAAUGAUUGUGAUACUAGUACUAUUCCAAAAAUAUAUAAAACUUAUUUAAUUGAUUUUAAUGUUAGCACAAACACUGUCAAGCAAAGAAUAACUGAUUAUUUUAGAAGAAAUAGAACUUGGAGAGACUGAAAAUGCGAAUUCAUUAUAAAUAUUGUAAAUAUAUAA